GAGAACGCACGAUGGCUACGUCGGAUUUUGUGCUGGGCGGUGUGGCUGCCAUGGGAGCUGGAGUGUUCACCAAUCCGGUAGAAGUGAUCAAAACUCGCAUCCAACUGCAGGGAGAACUGGCCGCCCGAGGAUCGCAUGCCCAGCCCUACAAGAGCGUCUUUCAGGCCUUUGUUACAGUGGCUAAAAAUGAUGGCAUCUUGGGCUUGCAGAAGGGAUUGGCGCCAGCUUUAUGCUUCCAGUUUGUCAUUAACUCCUUCAGGUUGAGUAUUUACACCCAUGCCGUGGAGAAGGGUUGGGUGCACAACAGCAGGGGCGAGAUCUCCUUUGCCCGUGGCAUGUUCUGGGGCGCCUUAGGUGGCAUUGUUGGCUCCUAUUGUGCCAGCCCCUUUUUCUUGAUCAAGACGCAACUUCAAGCACAGGCAGCCAAGCAGAUCGCCGUCGGUUAUCAGCAUCCGCACACCUCGAUGAAUGAUGCGUUACGACAGAUAUACAGGAAGAACGGCGUCUUUGGACUUUGGCGGGGUUCCAUGGCCAAUGUGGGCAGAGCCACAACAGCCUCGGCCUUUCAAAUCGCCACUUUCGGGAAGGCAAAGUCGAUUUUGAAGGAAAGUGGGCUAAUCACUCAUCCCACGGGCCUGUCCUUCUGCUCUGGUCUAGCGGCUGGGUCAUUUGUGUCGGUGGCCAUUACUCCUUUGGACGUGAUUACGACGAGGCUGUACAACCAGGGUGUGGAUGCUCAUGGUCGCGGGCUUUACUACAAUGGCUGGCUGGACUGUGUCCUGAAGAUCCUCAGAUCAGAAGGAGUGCAUGGCUUGUACAAAGGCUUCUGGCCUAUUUAUCUGCGGAGUGCUCCGUAUUCCACCCUGGUGCUAUUGUUCUUUGAUGAACUGAUCGCUCUGCGUGAGAGGUAUAAUCUUUAAUAAUUAUACAUCAAUCCCACUCUUAGGAGAAACUUGGGUAAGGUUUUGUUUUUCAUUGAAGAAGGGAAAUCCUUUAAAAGUAAACAAGGUUGAUCAAUCUUCUAAUAAAGUAGCGAACUGAUCAUUCUAUUGAAAUUAAAAAAUACCUCCUGUUCGGAAACCGAUCAGUUGCUUUUAUUUCAGUUAAAAUUCCCUACCUAUCGAUAUUAUUUAACCUAGAAAAUUAAAACAUAAUUAAUAACAAGAAAGGAAGCUAA